AUGAGGAAUCACACGCAAGUGACUGAGUUCAUCCUCCUAGGGCUCACGGACGAUCCAGUCUUGCAGAUGGUGAUUCUCCUCUACAUGUCUGUCACCUACAUACUGAGCGUCACCGGCAACCUGACCAUUGUCAUCCUCACCCUGAUGGACUCCCACCUCCGCACACCCAUGUACUUCUUCCUGCGCUACUUCUCCUUCCUGGAGAUCUGCUUCACAUCUACGUGCAUUCCCAGAUUCCUGGCCACCAUCACCAUGGGGGACAGGAAUAUUUCCUACAACUGUUGUGUAACACAACUCUUCUUCUUCUUCCUGCUGGGGGCGACCGAAUUCUUCCUCCUGGCCACCAUGUCCUACGACCGCUAUGUCGCUAUUUGCCGGCCACUGCACUACACGACCAUUAUGAACAAAAGAGUCUGCACCCUACUGGUCCUCUGCUCCUGGCUGGCUGGGUUCCUGGUCAUCUUUCCUCCUGUCAUCCUUAGCCUUCAACUGGACUUCUGUGCCUCGGUAGCCAUUGAUCAUUUCUUCUGUGAUGUCUCUCCUCUGCUUCUGCUCUCCUGCUCGGACACCUGGUUCCUGGAGGUGAUGUUUUUCGUCUUGGCUAUGGGGACGCUCCUGGUCACACUAGCAUUAGUGGCUGCGUCCUACAUGGCCAUCGCUCGCGCCAUCCUGAGACUGUCCUCCACUCAGCAGAGGAAAAAAGCCUUUUCCACUUGCUCCUCCCAUAUGGUCGUGGUCUCCAUCACAUACGGGAGCUGCAUCUUUAUGUAUAUCAAACCAUCCGCUAAGGACAGAGUGGACUUGGCCAAGGGGGUGGCCGUGCUCAAUACCUCAGUGGCCCCAAUGUUGAACCCCUUCAUCUACACCCUGCGGAACCAGCAGGUCAAGCAGGCCUUCAAGGACCUUGUACACCGGGUUGGAUUUUCCUCCAGGAAGUGA